AUGACUGGGCCUGAAUGUCGUACACCCCUGCAGCACGCAAAGACGCCUACAUCACCUAGAAAACCGUUUGAUUGCUGUAAUAAGAAUCCAACAUUGUCCUCACUUUCAAUUAGGCGGCUUUCAUCAUCAGAUGACGAAAGCAGUAACAUAACACUGGCACGUAAUAGUAUUCUCCCAUCGACAGCAACCGUAUCGCUUCAGAAUCCGCCAAAUCCUCCGAAACCACUUUCAUUGAGGCCUUUAAAAAGUCUUAAAGGGAAAACGAGCUUCGCAUCCGAGCUUCCUUCCUAUAUAAGCUAUGAUUUAUCUAUUGAUUCUCCACAAUCUUCCGUAUCACCGGCAAAUAGCACUGUCUCCUUAACCGACGAUGCAUCGUCUCCAACACCUUCUUCAUUAAAUUUCUCUGCAGAAUCUAGAUCUGGCAUUAAUGGAACGGAGUCAAGAAUUAAUAAACGGGUUCGUUCCAAUCUUGGUUUCGAUCCUGAGUCUCCAGAAUUUUAUGAAGUACCGAUAGGUCCAAAUUUAUCGUUGAGCAGUCCUCCUAUUGCUCAUUCAGUCAGCUUGGAGGAUGCAGUGCUAGAAAAUCGUCGUUUUGCUGCUGAUCGCAUUCGCAGCGCUUUAAAAAACACAUGUACAUGGCACCCUCAAACUAACUGUGUGGCCACCACCAGUGAUGGGGCAGAUGCCCUUAUUUGGAUAUUACCCGCACAGAAUGAAAACAAAGUUGAAAAUGAAAAUGUGAAUGAAUCAGUUCGGUUAGCGAAAUUCGCUAGCUUAUCAGAUACCUUUCGCAAACAAAACCGACGCGUUGCACUCGACCACUCGAAUGAUCCUGUUUUUCAAAUUGCUUGGAAUCCCAAUGGGACCAUUCUAGUUACAGGAUCGAAAAAAGGAGUCAUUCGAUUUUGGUCUACCGAAGGCAAAUUAAAUCCUGCAAUCCCGCCUGAAGCUGAAACCAUGGUAGAAACUCAUGCAAAUGAGGUUUUAGUUUUGAAAUUUAGUCCGUCAGGAAAGUACCUCGUUUCUGGAGGGAUGGACGGCAAAAUGUUGGUCUGGGAUAUGGACAGAUUAAGUCUGCGCCAGACUUUCACCUGCCAUUCAGAUCCGAUUUGCGAUGUUGACUGGAAAAUAAAUACAAAUAUUUUCGUUUCUUGCGCUUAUAAUGGAUUCAUCUUCAUUCAUCGAGCAGGGCAUGAUCAUCCACUGCGAACUGUUUCCGAUUAUCCCGUAAGACUAUGUUAUGUAUUUGCGCAAAAUUAUUAUUUUAAAUUUUAAAAUGCGAUUCAAUUUAGCGUUGGGUAAGAUCAGUCCGCUGGAAUCCUGGUUCAGAUGUAUUAGCAACUUUUUCUGUGGAUUCAUCGCUUCAAGUUUGGAAAGAUGCAUUAAAAAUUAGCUCUGAACCAAAGGAAUUGAAUGGUCAUUAUCGAUCGGUGAACGCCAUUUCAUGGCGUCCUGCUGUUUCCUCUGGACCAGGUGUUUCUUCAAUUAGGAGGGAUAGCUUGUGUAGCAAAUACCUGGCAAGUGGUUCUGAUGAUGGCACGGUUAUCGUGUGGCAUGCAACUUUAAAAACAAAAAUGGUUUUGAGCAGUAAGAAUAAAAGUAGCGUCAAGUGCCUCGCCUUCUCACCUAAUGGAAAACUUUUAGCUGCUGGCAGAGGUGAUGGUCAUGUAGAUUGCUGGUUUUCAAAGGGGAAGCUGUUUGGUUCCAUGAAACUCAACGGUGCAAUCUACACAAUAGAGUGGGACGCUACUGGCACGCAAUUGGCAGUUGCUGUCGGAGACUUUGGGGCUGAGUAUUUUGAAAUAAAAAAACUUAAAAAGGAUUAGUAACCACAGUAUGUGUAAAUGGAUAUCUUUCAAGUGAUGUUGUUCGUACUUAUAGUUUCCUAAAAGUUUGAUUUUGAUUGUUAAUUACUAUGAAUACAUUUUUAAACGUUUUU